GCUGACCGCGAGGGAUGCUGGAAAAGCAGCGUGGCUUCGGGAGCAAGACGGCUCAAGUGUGCGGACGCGCGACGGCACCCGUCCUGACCCCGCCCAACGCAACACCGCUCUCUUCAUUAAAAAGACGGAUGUUGCUUCUUCUUGCCUUCGACAUGCAGGCCGCUGGUUUCCUGCGAGACGGCGCACGCUUCACUGCUGCGUGGAUCGUCGGCGUCCCUUGUGCUCUGCAAAAAGGCCAAGCGAGCAUGGAAACUUCGACAUAAGGAGCGGCGAGUGGGGCACUGCAGCAUGCGAUACCCUCCGGAAGGCUUGGGUACGGAACUACACCCUCCGACUGAUUCCCUGCACUCCUUACCUACGACGAAAACCGUAAAGCCUAGAUCCUUACGGUCCGUCCAAGCGUUUUUUCGGCUUUUUCUUCCCGCGAGCCCUUAUUCCUCCCUUAUUCAAGGAAUCUGGACUUUAGUAGCGUAUACAGGUAUACGUUACUUCACCCUUCUGAGACCCGCCACACCACUUUUGGUGUCGUCGAUCUCACUUACAGGGGAGGCUUUUUCGCUCGUUUUCAUUUUGUGUUUUGACACCCACACCAUCACCACUACACAUCUACACAAAUGUCCAAAACCGCUAACGCGGAUCAGGCGGCGCAGGUACCACUGCCUGCCGAGGCGCUGGAGUCCUCCGCGGUCUCCACGGUGACCUCGGCCACCAUCACCAGCUCGACGCCCUCAACGGACGACAUCGCCGUCCGUAUUGCCCGCCUCAAGGCCCUCCGGGAGAGCAAAGUGCUCACCCCGGAGGAGUACAAAUGGGCGAGCGAGCGGGUGCUGCUGUCGGGGUUGGCGCUGCCGGAGAAGGCUGCGGAGCGCGACGCCAAGGCGCCGCAGGAGAGGUCCACGGAAUCGGUGGCUCUCGCAUCUUUCCAGGCAUUCCUGGAGAAAACACGGGAGGCGAAGGUGACCCCGUGGAAGGAGGACGCGGAGGCUGCGGCAACGCAGCUGAAGCAGCUGAGCGCUGUGCUUGGGUCCGAGGAGGGGGACACCCAGGCGAAACGUAACUUUAAACAUAUGGCGCGGGCUGGUAACCUGACCGCCACGGAGGUCCUCGUCCUCAAAUACCUCUGUUGGCUGCCGACAUCGGAUACGGUCGGGAAUUUAUCGUGGCCCUGCUGCUGCAAGUCUCUGCGGAACAAAGGGUGGAGAUCCUUAGCCGGAGCUUGCUCCAACAGAUGA